AUGCCUCCGCCUCCUUUCAUUAUCGACUCGCACAUUCAUCUGUGGGACUCGGGCGACAUUGACAAGCUAGCAUGGUGCAAGCCAGAGGACACGCUGGCACGGCGGUGCACGGUUGAGGACUAUGUGGAAGCCGUGAACAGCACGGCUCCGGAAGCUGAGGAGAGCAGCAGUGCUGGCGACGGUCCGCGCGUGGGCUACAUCUUUGUGGAAUGCGACCGUGCAAACGACGGCGGGGCCGACUGGACGCAGCCGCUGGCCGAGGUGACGAUGAUGCGGCAGAUCAUCGAGGCCGAGGGCGAGUCUAGCUCGACUGGCUCAACUGCCUCAUCACAGGCGCGCUGUCUAGCCAUGGUGCCGUGGGCUCCGGUGCACAGCGGGCCCGAGGUGCUAGAGCGCUAUCUAGACGCGGUACAAGAGGCGGCCGGACCGGUGGCGUGGCCGCGGGUGCGCGGAUUCCGCUACGUCGUGCAGGACAAGCCGCACGGCACGAUGCUGGCAGACGAUUUUGUGGCCGGACUGCGGCUGCUGGGACGACGGGGCUUCGUGUUUGAGCUGGGCAUCGAUCAGCACCGCCGCGGCCGCACGCAGAUGGAGGAGACCGAGGCGCUGCUGGACCGGCUGCACGGCGACGACGUGCCCGAGGCCGAGAGAGUGGUGUUGGUGGUCAACCACCUGGCCAAGCCGGACCUGACGGUGCUCAACCCGGCGGCUGACCGCGGCUUUGCUGCCUGGCGCAACGCCAUGUUUGCGCUCGGCAAGGCCAGCCCGAGUCAUGUGUUUGUCAAGAUGUCCGGCCUCUUCUCCGAGAUGCCUGACGCGCUGCGCAACCAGCCAUCCAACGCGUUCUUCGUCGCCACCUUUCCCUGGUUUGCCGUCCUGCUAGCAGCCCUAGGACCGUCCCGGCUCAUGUUUGGCAGCGACUGGCCCGUCUGCACGGCACGCUAUGCUAGCCUGCUGGCUGUGGAGGGGACCGCUUCGAGUGAUGCUGAAGAUGCUGCUGCCACUGCUACUACACCCGACAAGAAGAUCAGCAAAGCCGAAGCAGGCGCCUGGGACAAAUGGCGGCGUAUUGUGGCACAGAUGUGCUACAUGGCCACGCUAGGCGAGGACGACGAGGCAAUGAUCUGGGCGGGCACAGCCGUCAAGGCGUACGGGCUGGACACGGAGAAAUAG